GAACCUAAUGUGAAACCAAGUCUCCCCUGUAUUCCAACCAACGUUCAAAAUUCCUCCCCCUUAUAUACCUCCUCCUCACUCAUUUCUUUUUGCAUUCAAAAGAACCCAACUUUCUUCUCAAUUCUUCCUAGGUUUGAGUUUACUCCAUCUCAUUCUCUCUAGCUCUCCUCCCAUCUAGGAGAAUCUCUCACACACACAGCCUCAACUAGUACUGCAGUACCCUGCAAUGGCGUCUUGUCUGGAAUCUUCAACCUUGGACCUCAUCAGACAACAUCUUCUUUGUGACUUUACUUCCAUGGAGAGCUUCGUCUCCAAUCUCGAUGUUUGUAACUCCAACAUCUCCCAAAAUCAGCCCAUCCAAACUUCGGAACUCAAAAAUGGAGGCUCCAACGGUGAUAUUGAAGUCUCUGCUUAUUUGCUGCCAAAGGAAGAACCCGUCACAUAUCCUUCCAGUUCUUUCAACCAAACAAACUCCGACCUCGAAACAGAGCCUAAACCCUUCCACUCAAAUCCCCCCAAAACUUCCAACUUAAGCCACCGCAGACCCUCCAUAAAUGUCGCAAUACCUCCUCCAACUUUCCGACUAAAUUCGCAGCCCAUGCUGGAAGCUGGAUGUAAUUCGAACGUUUCGAAUCAUAGUGAAAGUAAGCACUACAGGGGAGUCCGGAGGCGGCCGUGGGGGAAGUUCGCGGCCGAGAUACGUGACCCCAACAGGAAAGGCUCUCGGGUGUGGCUCGGAACGUUCAAUACGGCCAUAGAAGCAGCAAAAGCUUACGAUCGAGCUGCAUUCAAGCUGCGUGGAAGCAAAGCUAUACUGAAUUUUCCACUAGAGUUCACUGCCAAUACUCCGGAGAAUAAUACUUCUGAAGUGCGCGUCGGAAGGAAGAGAACGAGAGAGAGUGAGAUUGAGAUUGAGGAAGAGACGAACAGAGCAGUAGAGAGAAAGAAGGUGAAAGAAGAGCCGGUGGAAUGUGCUCGGGAAGUAAUGGCGGAGAGUGUUUCGGCGGCAGUCCAUCCGUUAACGCCGUCGAGUUGGACAGAGGUAUGGGAUUGUGAGGUUAAGGGGAUUUUCAGCGUGCCUCCGUUAUCACCGUUAUCACCGUUACCUCCGCAUCCGUCGUUGGGAUACUCUCGGCUAAUGGUUAUAUGAUAGCGCGCAUUGGCAGCUAAAGCCUAACGCGGGACCCGGGUGGCAUCACUGGGAAAUUAUAAGGAAUAUAUGUAUAUAUACGUUUAACGUAUAGAUAGAAGAGCUAGCGAUGUCAAUCUUAAUUUUAGAUCUUGCUAUCUUUAGUUAUAUUUUAAAAAGUGUGGGUCGAAUUCCUUU